AUGGCGCCAAAGGAACUCAACUUCAUCACCGGCAACGCCAACAAGCUUGCCGAGGUCAAGGCCAUCCUGGCAGACAGCGGCGUCGAGCUGCGCAGCCAGAGCGUGGAUCUGGUCGAGAUCCAGGGCACCGUGGAAGAGGUGACGAAGGACAAGUGCAGACGCGCUGCCGAGCAUGUCGGUGGUCCCGUCCUCGUCGAGGAUACCUGCCUCUGCUUCAAGGCCAUGAACGACCUCCCCGGACCUUACAUCAAAUGGUUCAUGCAGUCCAUCGGUGUGCAGAACCUGCACAAGAUGCUCGACGGCUUCGAGGACAAGUCGGCGCAGGCCGUCUGCACCUUCGCCUACAGCGAGGGCCCCGGCCACGAGCCCAUCCUUUUCCAGGGCCGGACGGACGGCAGGAUCGUGCCGUCGCGCGGCCCCAUCAACUUCGGCUGGGACUCGACCUUCGAGUACGAGGGCCAGACCUACGCCGAGAUGCCCAAGGUCGAGAAGAACAAGAUCUCGCACCGCGGAAAGGCCCUCGAGAAGCUGAAGGAGUGGCUGAAGAGCCACGUCGAGUAA